AGUGGAGCCGUCGCGGAAGGUCGGUUGGGGCUCUCUCGUCUCGUAUCACUCGUAACUCACUCACAGAAAGCUCGCUCGCUGCCCCUACAGUACGAAAACCAUUCGAAAUUUUCGCCCGCGCAGAGCCAGGAAAAUGUGUAACUCCAAGCGAUUCAAAUUAUGAAAUUGGACUGCAAGACAACCAGGAAUAUUAUUUGUGCAUUUGUAUAUGCAAUUUGUGCAACAAUCGGCUGGCUGCUAGUGUUGCACCAACAAUAGAGCGAUUAGUGCCACACUCAGAGUACGGCUCAGGACGGCGGGCGCUCAUUACUUUGUUGUCAUCAUCAACGCAUCGUUUGGACUGUCUCAGCAAUGGCAUCUAAUCGUCAAUGGGUCUAUCAGCGUUGGAUCUUAAUUGCUCUGGCCACCUUGUGGCUGCUAAUCGCAACCGUUUGCCCCCACAACUACCCAUCAUCGGAGUCGCAGUCCGAGUCCCAGUCCCAGUCCCAGUCCCACUCCUCCUCUGUCCACAUUGAGCUGCGUCGCAAGAGGAGCUUGCAGUGGAAUGGCAUUGAGCUGGAUGAGAGCUCGCUGCUGGCGCACUUGAUGGAUCAUGAGCGUGCCCUGAUCUUUGGCACACAAAGAACCACCGAUGAGGCGCCAAAUUUCAAGCUGGUGCAGCUGGAGCAGAAGGAGGCGGAGGAGAACAUGUCCAAACGACGCCAUAAACGCAGCAUGCCACUGCCGCAAGACGCCAAUCGCUCAGAUGAAGCAGGGGAAGGGGAAGGGAAAGGAGACGAACUGGAGGCUAGACUGCAACUGCAGCAAGCCCCACAGCUGAUUGACGAUGCCUUCAUCUUCAUUCGUCGCACCGCCAAUGGGACGCAGUUUGUGGAGCAUUCGCCGCAGUUGCUGAAGCGUCUUGAAAAUUGCUUCUACAGAAGUCCAGCAGCGGCGCUGGAUCUAUGCGAAACGGGCAGUGCGCGUGGCGUGUUCCAGCAGAAUGCCAGCGACUUUGUGCUGCAUCCGUUACCCGCACGCUUUGGUGUGGGCAACCAUGUGAUCUACCAGGCGCGCUUGGAUCCGUUAGACAGUCAGCUGCAGUUCGAGCCCGAUGUAGAGGAAUUCAACGAACCAAAGCCGAGACUGCGAGUGCAGACACAGUCGCAGUCCCCGCUGAGACUGCGCUUUCAGCCGCGACAUCAUCAUCAGUCAGACAAAAGCCAAGUGGAGAACCAAAAGAGGAAACAUCAUCAGAAGCAUCGGAGAAGUCGCCGCUUCAUUGGAUCGCCGCCAGGGUACUGGUCCGUGCCCAAGGAGCUGUACAUCGAGACGGCCAUCUUCGUCGACCGAGAUCUAUUCACGCACAUGCAGCGGAAUUUCCCUGCGAACACGGAGAGCAAAAUUAUCAGCUUCGUGCUGGCCAUGAUCAAUGGGGUGCAGCUGCUCUACCAUCAUCCGACGCUCGGGCGGCGCAUCAACUUUGUGCUGAAGCGGCUGGAGAUUUGGAAGUCGUGGAAUCCCGUCGACCUGGUGCGUUCCAGCGAUGUGGAUGACUACCUGAACAGAUUCUGCAUUUGGCAGGAGAAGCAGAAUCCCCUAUCGGACUCUCACCGGCUGCACUACGAUCAUGCGCUCAUCCUGACGGGCCUCGAUCUGCGCACCAUCACGAAGGACGGCAAGGCCAAUAGUGAGGUGGUAGGACUGGCUCCAGUGUCUGGGAUGUGCACGAAAGUCUCCUCCUGCACGAUCAACGAGGCGAAGCACUUUGAGAGCGUCUUUGUGGUGGCCCACGAAAUUGGACACAACCUGGGCAUGCGGCAUGACACCAAGGAAAACAGCUGCGAUCCCACCAUGCACAUCAUGUCUCCAAAGCUGGGCAGUGGCAAGGUCACGUGGUCCAAGUGUUCCCGCACCUCUCUGGAGAACUUUCUGCAAGGUCCCCAGGCCACGUGCCUCUUUGAUCGAGGACAAUUUCUGGAUAAUUUGGACCAUGCCGCGGGUGGCAUCCCGCCUGGAGAACGCUUCGAUGCCAACCAGCAGUGCAUGCUGCGCUUUGGCAAGACUUUUAAGCGCUCAAACAUACAGAGCAAAGCGGAGAUCUGCCGGGAUCUGCACUGUCAGCAGGAUGGGCAGUCCUUGACCUCACAUCCGGCCCUGGAGGGCACCGAAUGCGGCGAGAAAAUGUGGUGUCGCGGUGGCUCUUGUGUGUCACGCUACUCGCCAGAGACCGCCUUGGCCUCCUACCGCCCGUGGCCGCACAAGCCGACGAGCUACGAGAAGGCCAGCUUCAUGGAGUCCAACAGGAUUGGACCACUGCUGAGCGAGCAGCCCAAGCAGUCGAGCAAUGAGCAGUCAACCAACUGGAGCGCUUGGGGUGAGGCGGGAAAAUGCGACUCGUACUGCCUGUAUGGACCAUCGAACCGACUGCGUGAGGGCAGCACCGGACUGCGCGUCUUCAACCGAAGUUGCCUGAACUAUCGGAAGCGUUGCAUGGGCCAGGAUCGGCGCUUUGAGAGCUGCAUCGCCAAGAAGUGCUACAGCGUGCCCGUCCAGACGAUCGACAACUUCGCCACGCAGGUCUGCAUGCAGGCCAAGAAGCUGGACGGAGAGCUCACGGGCGAUGGGCAGCAGGUGAGCUCCACCUUUGAGGACUCGUGCAAGGUUUUCUGCCGCACCAAGAGCAACUCGACCAAGUCGCGUCGCUGGACCUUUCCCGAUGGCACCACCUGCAGGACUAAGCAUCACAGCCCCGAGGACGUUGCCUACUGCAUUUCGGGCCGUUGCGAGCGCUUCUCUUGUGACAAUUCCACGCAGAAUUUCUACAAAAUGGAUCAGACUUUCUGCCAGGCGAGAGCCAGGGACUCGGCCGAGGAGGAGAGCCGACAGCAGCAGCAGGCGACACACAAGCGCUAUACGGAAAAGCAGGAGGGAGUAACGCCACCCAGAAAUCGCUAUGAAAAUGAAGUCGCUGUGCGCAGCUUUUAUGGCCAGGAUAACCACAUCAGACCACAGCAGCAGCAGCAGCAGCAGCAGCAGCCGCACAAUCGCAAGUCGAGUAUCUACGAGUCCUACCACAAGUAUCUACCCAGAGAGGAGCAGCCACAGAGGAUAGUCCCACCACCCGCCUCUGCCUCGCUGAUCGCCAUUGAUCGCAGCUCCUCCUCGACAGAGUCCGAGUGGGAGAUCAAGUCGGGCUGCCACUCCAACUGCAUAACCGACUCGAAGGGCAUACAGGCAGUGAGGUCGCGACUCACGCGGGAGGAAACCUUCCAGCUGUGCACGGAUCGCGUCAAGCCCUGCGAGCGCCUGCAGACGGCAGCGGAGUACGCGGAGCAGACCUGCGCCAGCUACAGGCUCAAGGUGCGCGGACUCUCGGGUCGAGGGGCGCAGAUCUCGGCCAGCCUGGAGGAGCCGGAUCGCAGCUGUCGCGUUGGCUGCCAGGAUGAGUUCAUCAAGUACCGGUAUUACCUGGUGAACGGCAAGAACGGACACUUUCCGCUGGGCACACGCUGCUCCCAGGCGGGUCAGCGCUUUUGUGUCUACGGCAAGUGCGUGGAGUUUGGCGAGGAUCAGCUGCCGCUGCAGAAGUCUCACAUAAGUCUGGCGCUGCUGCGUAACCGUCGCCAGGUGGAGGAUUCCCCUAGACGGAAGCGAAGCAUGCAGCUGGAGUCUCCAUUUGCCUUAAAUCACCUUGAAAGAGCGCAUCUAGAUGCUGCCUCAUCGGACCACAUCGAACUCAAUCAACCCAUACACGUCUCUGCAGACGAACUGAGUAGCAAGAGCUGAUGGCCCUGCACCCCCUUAUCCUGUAUCCUUUAAGCUUAGAUCUAUGAUCUAUGAUGUAUCCUUAGAUCUUGAGGCUGUCUGCGAAACUGCCUGAGAAAUAAAUAAACGAAUUACUUUUUA